AUGAAGAUAAAGGAUAAAGUAUUCUAUGUUACAGGUGGAGUCUCAGGACUAGGUCGAGCCGUAGUGACUGAUUUACUUGCAAACGAUGCUUUGGUUUGUAUCAUGGAUCGAGAAGAACUUAAAGGUCGAGAGAUAGAACAGACGCACAAAGGACGAGUUGUGUUUCAAAAGUGUGAUGUUCGAUCUACAAGUGAUAUAGAAGAAGCAAUCAAGAAAUCUACAUCAAAUUGGCCUGAAAAGAGAAUCGGUGGAUUGGUUCAUUGCGCUGGUGUUGUUAUGGCUGGGAAAACUGUAAGUUCAACAGGGAAACCUUGGGAUUACGAGACAUUUCGGACAGUAGUUGAUAUUAAUUUGAACGGAACUUUUAACGUUGUCAGAUUGAUAGCAGCUCAUAUUGUUAAAUCACAACCACUUACCAGUACAUCUGAUUCUGAUGAAUCCGAAAAAGGUGUGAUGAUUUUAACUAGUUCUACAAGUUAUCAAGAUGGACAAAUGGGCCAAGCUGCCUAUGCUUCAAGUAAAGGAGGUGUUGCUAGUCUUGUUUUACCUCUGACAAGAGAUCUAGCUCAAUUUGGUAUUCGAGUUAACGCGAUUGCUCCUUCUCUAUUCGAGACAGCAAUGAGUCAAGGAAUGUCGUCUAAAGUUCGUAAAAAUUUAUUAAAUGUAGUUGAAUUUCCUUCUCGUUUUGGUCAAGCCAAAGAUUUUUCAGGUUUAGUACUUGAAUGUAUACGUAAUGAGUAUCUAAAUGGUACAGUCAUCAGAUUAGAUGGCGGUAGUAGAAUGGGUAAGCUUUAA